AUGAUAUUAACCGAGUACGACAUCCAAUACACGACACAAAAAGCGAUCAAAGGAAGUAUAGUGGCAGAUCAUUUGGCUCAACAAGCUGUGGAAGAUUACCAAUCCAUGAGUUUUGAAUUCUCAGAUGAAGAUGUAUUAUUUGUUACUGAUUGUGUACAACCUGGUCCGAAUGAAGGACCUGAGCCAGGAUCUCGAUGGACUAUGGUUUUUGAUGGAGCUUCAAAUACAAUGGGUAAUGGUAUUGGCGCUGUAAUCGUUUCUCCAGAAGGUGGAGACACUCCAUUCACCGCAAGGUUAUGUUUCGAUUGUACCAACAAUAUGGCUGAAUAUGAAGCGUGUAUCUUGGGCCUCAGAGUUGCUAUUGACUUAAGAAUCAAGUUCCUGGUAGUAUAUGGGGACUCGGCUUUAGUAAUCAGUCAAGUCAGAGGAGAAUGGGAUACGAAGCAUCCUAAUCUCAUGCCUUAUAAAGAUUUGGUCUAUGGCUAUGGAGGCAUCCGUCGCUAA